AUGCCUCGCAUGAGCUGGCACCCGCGCAACCUGUAUAACCUGUGGCGACGUCAACUGGGAGGAAAGGUCGAAGACACAGUCUUCACACAGACACCCAAAAGCUUGUUUCAACAGCGUUGGGCCGCCAAAGCACUCCUUCGCGCGUAUCAUGGGGAUUACAUCAACGAGAAGAUUUUCAAGCGUUGGUACCUGCCUUCAACGUUGCCAGACGUGCGUUCGCAGGCGAUCGGUAGUGCUGCCGACGCUGCGUCGCUCAAUAAAUGGGCAAAGAGGGAACAAGCUGCCGAGAAAGAGGCGAAACGACUGGAGGACGAACGAACGAAGGGGCUGGCGCCUGUGGGCAGUUUGAUGUUCAGAGAGGUGGAGAGGCGGAUAGACGUCAUCGUGUUCCGCUCGUGUUUCGCGCACAGUGUAUACGAGGCACGAAGGCUUGUGGUGCACGGAGACAUCAUGUUGAACGGGAAGAAGCACACGAAUCCUAAUACCAGACUAGCUCCAGGCGACAUGAUCUCGGUGAACCCUGAGGCAAUCCGCUUCUUGCAGCCCGAUGCGGCACAAAAUGUUACUGACGCCGACGCUGUCUCUGAAGAGGGGGCACAAGAAGAUGCACCUUCAGCUCCCGCAGCUUCUGAGGUAGACUUGGAAGAUUUACAGGAGGCGGAAGCUGGUUCAACGACAGCAGCAUCGGAAUCCGAUGCAGUACCCAAGCGCUCGUCAUCUAAAUCGUCUCCACCGUCAUCUUCAAAAUGGAAAAAAGGGUCUGGCUCUAACUUGACGCCCUUCCACCUGCCGUCGUACGCCUCGCCCUUCAUCUUCAUUCCGGCGUACAUCGAGCCUUCGUUCUCUACCUGCUCUGCUAUAUACGUCCGUCACCCUACUGCACGGCCAGGCUACUCAGAGAUUCCUACGCCGUAUGAUGCUGACGGAGAGAUUGUCCGCGCAGCCUGGGAGUGGUACACAAGGGUCCGCCCGCGGAUGCGCAGCAAAAGCCAGCUGGCCAGGAUGCCCGAGAAUAGACAGUAA